AUGCUGAGGGCUCUCAUUCUUUUCUUCGUCGCGGCAGCCAUCAACCAGCUGAGAUGGUAUUAUACGCAGCAUUCUACCGCCGGCCGGCGCAUUGGGUUCCUUCAGGCCCUCGACGAUGCCUCUCGAGGUAUAUUUGGGUCUCUGACACUGCUGAUUUCUCGUGACUUUUUGAACUGGUCAUCGAUAGGGUGCAUCAUCACCAUUGCAGCGUUUUUGGUUGGACCCCUGACCCAGAAUGCCGUCAAGCAGGAAACCAGAGCAAAGGAUCCAGUCAAAGGUGCACAUAUCAACGUCGCCAAGGUGUACAAACUAGUUCACUCCAACGGGAAUCAAGAUGCGUUGACUGCUCCAGCAAACAUUGAGUCAGCCAUCGUCAAUGGGUGGGGCCAUUAUGCGACACUUCAAUUCGAAAAAGACGAUUCUGUGAUGGAGAAAGUGUUCCCUACGCCUCUCAAAUGCCCGGAGAAGAAUAGGGUAUCUUGUUCAUGGAGAAAUAUCAGCAACCUCGCAAUCGACUAUGAGUGCGCAACAAAGCCUAUUCGAUUGCUCGACCUAGACAAGGACUACGAGCUCAACAUGACAGCUAGCAUGACUAGGCCUGAGAAAUCUAGCUUGCCUCGGAGAGAGGAUCCUCUUAUUAUCCAUGUACGGGCAACUGGAAGGCCGCGAGAGAAAGGCGAGGACUAUGUCGAGCAUGCGGAGUGUGCGCUUUACUGGAAAAUCCAGAGUUUUAAGAAAGCCAUUUACAAUGGAACGCUUUGGCAGGAAAACACAAAAUUCCUUCCUGAGCUGCCUGUUGAACAUGAGGGCUCUUCAAUUAAAUGGAAUGUUUCAUCAUCUGUGUUCGAGGUCAUGAACAAUGCAACACAGGGGCUGAGCACCAGCAUGAGCUCGUGUUUCAACAGAACUAUCCUGAGGAAUCCCAACUCCGGAAAGCUAACCUAUGAUGAAAUGGCGACCCGCGUUUUCCGCGACAGCUGGAACAAAAAAGCUGACAAGAACCUCAAUACCCUUGCUCUCCAAACAACGCUCAAGAGCUACGUUAAGAACGUUGCUCUAUACACCUCCGCUGCCAUCCGCGCGAAGUCCGACGAGACGGCUCCCGGUUACAUUCACAGGAGAGAGGAAAUUUACGUCAUCAAGAAACUAUAUCUGAUAUACCCGUUCGUCGUGCUGGUUUUGAGCAUUCUUUUCUUCCUGGUGACGAUAUACAUGACCUGGAACGACGAGAUCUGGAAGAGCAGUCUUCUCCCAUUGCUUUAUCACGGCUUCGCUGAAUCUUUCCCUGACAAUCUUAACACCAUGGUCGAAAUGGAAGAUGAGGCGGACGGCAAGGCGUUCGAAAUGAAGAGUGAUGGGGAGAAGGGUUUGAGGCUUUACGAGAAAGAGCAAGUUGAAACUCGGAUGCCUAGCACUAAGAGGGGGUAUCAAUCAAUCAUUCCACUCGAGCCGUAUGGCGCAAACAGAAACGAUGGAUGA